AAUUUGACAAAAAAAAAAUGGAAAAUUCUGAUCAAAAACAUACAAACACCAACAUCGACCAACGAAAAAUAAAAAUGUAAAACCGAAAGCCGGAAAAAAUAUGCAAAUAACCGCAUGCCAAGUGUUGUCAUAAUAAAUGAAAAAUGCAAAUGUUUUAAAUAGAAUGGCAGAGCAAAAAAAAAAAAAUCCUAAAUAGUUUUUUUCUCUUCAUCACCAUGCAAGAAUAAAGUUAAUGAAAACAGUGUGAACAGGCAAAGUGUAAAGUGAAAAAAAACCAUGCCCCAGCAAGGAACAACUCGUAGCUUGGCUCUAAAAAUUGAAUAAACUUAUGAUUGGAAUAGUCAUUAGUUUGGCUGAAUUAAACCCAAAAAAAUACAGUGAAGAAUUCAUUUGAGGCCAUACGCAAGAGUCUGAGCAAAAAGGACACUAUUCAACAUGGAUUUAGCCGUUUUGUUAAUGUAUAUGUGGAAUAUACUGAUUUUGGUGUCGUUGCACGUUCCGGGUACACUACUGAAUACCAUAGAAUAUAACAAUAAUACAAGAUUAAGGAUAAGUUCGCAACUGGAGCAUAGCGUCAUAAAUGCUAUGGAAACCAUAAGGAAAGUGUCAUCCUUACCAUCGCCGUCAUCAGCAGAAGCAGCGCCAUCACCAUCAUCAGCAUCAGCAUCGGCAUCAUCGGAGGCAACACCAAUUGCAACAUCCAGCACAAGUAAAUCGAAAGAGCUGACAUUGUCAGUAGCAACGACAAUAGCAACAGAAUCAACGAGAACAACAGCAGCCACUACUACAACUACUACUACUACUACUACAACAACAACAUCCGCUUUACAAACCUAUGAACUCUUACCAUCACUAUUAUCUGCGUCAGUAUCAUCAUCAUCAACAGCAACAACAACAACAACAUUGUUGUCUAUGUCGUCAUCGUCAUCGCCAUCGCCAUCUUUUACUACUUUUAAGGCAGAUGCUGUUAGUGGCAGGAAUUUGAAAGGACACAAGGGCUCCUCACAACAGCCCCACCAGUAUAAUCAAGUGCAGCAGCAAGAACAACAACAACAACAAGAACAGCUACAGCAGAGAAUGUACACAAACGACAAUGCAAUAUUAACUGGCAACAUGACAACAGCAACAUUGGCUAACGGAACUUUAGCUAAUGGCAACAAAGGCAAGGAGGCCGAGGCUGAAGCCAGGGCUGACUCUGAUGAUGAUGGUGGUAACUCCAUUGCACAAAUGUCACUACGGCAUCCGUUUGCACAUAGCACCGAAUCAACAGACCACAAGCAUAGUUUGUUCUCCACGUCCAUAUCCAGGCCCUUGUCAUCCGCAGACCACCAACAAGUUUCCAAAGGUCCUUGCAAGAAUUUGGAACUACCACCACCAACACCCCUAUUCGACCUAGCUAACGAAGAUCGUAGUUAUGGUCCCCGCACUGUACAACUAAUGAAGGUAACUGGAACAAGCAUAUCAUAUGGUGAUGUGAAAGCUUCCGAAUAUCAUGCCACACACAAUGGCCAUGAAGCUGAAACUACAGCGGAAUUGAAUGAUGUUCAUGGUAAUGAUGGUGGUGGCAAACAUGGCAAAGAUGAUCAUACCGCAAUGGUAACACCACAAGACUCAGUGGUAGCGGGCGCAAUUAAAACCUCCACCAAUGCGAGUGGCCACGGCAUAAGCGAGUGGCCAAGGCAUAGCUUUAUUGCUGCAUUACCAUAUGAGGCCACUGCAGCUUUUGUGGCUGAUGAUGCUAAAACCAUGUACAUCCAUGCGAAUCGUGGCCUGGUAAUGGGCACUCCCUCCAUUAACCGGCCAGAACAAGCGGCUUCAUCCUCAUUGUUGGUGGUUGAUAAACAUUUUGCGAUUGGUCCUGCAUCUCUGGUUCAAGAUGCAUCGCUAUCGAAGGACGAAGGUAGAGGCCAAUCGUAUUAUAACAUUAAAGGCAAUAAUUCUUCAGUUCACACAAGUGGCAGUGGUAGUUUGCAUCAUGGCAUAACCCCAAUAACAUUAAUUGCAGCAUCUUCGUUGGCAUCAACGCCUGCAUCAUCAUCAUCAUCGCUGAAUGGCACAAGAACAUCAUCCACGACAUCAACAGCCUCCAUAAUACAUUCUUCUCCUCCCACGACUUUAGCAAGUGCUGAACAUUCUGCCACGGUCAGUACUACCAGCAGUUCUGUAAAACAGAAAACAACACGUCGUCGUCCAGUGGCUACAACGACUUUGAAACCACCUCCCACCAUAGAUGACUAUCAAACGGUAACCAGUCAGGCUGGAACCCACGCCUAUUUGCCUUGCAAUGUAAAACAAUUGGUAAAAAAGCCCAUUUCAUGGCUAAGAGUUCGCGAUGGCCACAUACUAACCGUUGACCAAACAACAUUUAUCGCCGAUCAGAGAUUCCAAUCUAUAUUCAGGGUAAACCCCGAGCGAUGGUCAUUGCAAAUCAAAUAUGUGCAAUUAAAGGAUGCAGGCAUAUAUGAGUGCCAAGUAUCAACGGAGCCAAAAGCCAGUGCCAUUGUGUAUCUGCAUGUGGUCGAGCCGAAAACGGAAUUAAUCGGUGCACCCACACGUCAUGUAAAAGCCGGAAGUCAAGUGAAACUGCUGUGCAUAAUUAGCCAGGCACUGGAGCCGCCAUUAUUCAUUAAUUGGUUUUAUAAUCAAAAGCAAAUUUAUUUGCAUAAUCGCAAGGGAUGGCGUACAGAAAUUGAACGCAUUGAAUUGCCGCCGGAUACAACGACGACCACAACGACAACUACAACAACCACAGCAAGGACAACAACUACAUCAGAAACUAGCAGCAGCAGCAGCAGCACUAGUACUACAACAUCAAGCUCCGCAAGUGCUAGUUUGACUGGUGAAGCCACCUCAACACACAUGCCCAGCCUAGCAGAUGGCUUAAAUGAUGAUGGCUCGGAUAGUGGUAGUCCAUCAUCGAUAAGCGGAAGCGAAAUGCCUGCAGUGCACGUACUUACAUCCAUAACUCCGCCAUCGCUUAAUGAUGGUAAUCCCUUAGACAUGGUGUCAGAAUCCACAUACCAUCAACAACAGCAGAAGCAGGCGCAGCAGGCGCCUUCUCUUAACCACCACCAUCCGAAUUUAAUACAUACUGAGGCUGUCUCAUCAAUGCCAGUUUCCAUAUCAAAAUCGCAACAGCCAACAGUGGCUUCUGGUUCAACUGCCACAGCAUUCAUGGCCUCCACAUCAUCAGCAGCAGCAUCAGUCCCUCCAACACCCUCCCGAGGAUCGGAAACAACAACAGUGACGUCGCCGCUAUUAGCCAACAUCGCAACAACGGAUGCGGCAACAACAACACCUCCACCACCAUCUGACGAGGAUGACUUCUCACAGGGGCCAACUAUGAUGACGGCUGCAGGAACAUCAAUAAAAACGCCGGAUUUCAUGGCGUCUGCAGCUGAACGAGGUUACAUGAUGUUGUCAACACUGAUGACAGUUACUGAUGUUAAGCAGAUUACGACUGCUUCAUUAAUUAUACCAUCGGUGCAGAAGCUGGAUUCUGGAAAUUACACAUGCAGUCCUUCAAACAGUGAACCACGUACAGUCAUUUUACAUGUAUUAAACGGUGAAUACUCAGCAUCAGCCAUAACAUCGGGUGGCUUGUCAAAUACCAAAGCUCAUCAACUUCGACACUUCAUUAUUCAACUGUUUGUGUUGAUUGGCAUGAAGUUUAUUAAACCACGAUGUCAUUGGUUUUUUACAAAAUGUCACAUUAUGCGAAGGUAUAGUGGCGGUUAAGCCAUAACCAUACACCUUUAAUUCUUGACUUUGUUAUUAAAUGUUUAUGAGGUUGGUAUGUUUUUGGUAUGUUUUCUCUUUAUGUUGAAUCCCCUUUCGAUUAUCUGUAACUCUAAAUUAUUCAGUUAAUUAAUUGUGUCACAAAAGACUGCCAUAAUUUAAAGAAAGAAAGAAUGAAAAAAAAAAAACAUUAUAAUUAUUACGUAUGAUUAAUUAAUUAUGUAUCAUAACAUACAUAAUGCGAGUAAAUGCCAAAAAUGACGGCGAGUGUAACAAAUUAUUUUUAUUAAUUUGUAAUAAGUCCACAUUUCCAUUGUAAUGUAAAUACAACAACCACACCCAUACUCAUGCUGACAUCCACACUCACCUCCACACUCAUGCUCCCAUUGGCCACAACUAUACGUAUACAUACAUAUAUUAAGUGAUAGGUUUAAUUAAGUAUUGCCAAUAUGUUUAUUAUUCUGGAGUAUAACCACAAU